CAGGGACGAGACGCCAUGACCCCCAGCCUCACGGCCCUGCUCUGCCUCAGGCUGAGUGUGGGCCUGAGGACCCAGGUGCAGGCAGGCACCCUCCCCAAACCUACCAUCUGGGCUGAGCCAGGCUCUGUGAUCCCCUGGGGGAGCCCCGUGACCAUCUGGUGUCAGGGGACCCGGGGGGCCCAGAUGUUCCGUUUGGAUAAAGAGGGAAGCUCACCUCCCUGGUACAGACAGCCCCCACUGGAGCCCGGGGACAAGGGCAACUUCUCCAUCUCAUAUAUGACACAAUCUGACGCAGGGAGAUAUCACUGUUACUAUUGCAGCCCCACUGACUGGUCAGAGAGCAGUGACCCCCUGGAGCUGGUGGUGACAGGGGUCCACAGCAAACCCACCCUCUCAGCCCUGCCGAGCCCUGUGGUGACCUCGGGAGGGAACGUGACCCUCCAGUGUGGCUCAUGGCAGCGACUGGACGGGUUCAUUCUGACUAAGGAAGGAGAACCCAAGUCCUCCUGGACCCUGGAUGCACAGCCAUGCCGCCAUGGGCAGACCCAGGCCCUGCUCCCCGUGGGUCGCGUGACCCCCAGCCACAGGUGGAUGUUCAGAUGCCACGGCUUUUACAGGGACACCCCCCAGGUGUGGUCGGCCCCCAGUGACCCCCUAGAGCUCCUGGUCCCAGGUGUGUCUGGGAAGCCCUCCCUCCUGACCCCGCAGGGCCCUGUCGUGGCCUCUGGACAGAGCCUGACCCUCCAGUGUCGCUCUGACGUCGGCUAUGACAGAUUCGCUCUGUCCCAGGAGGGGAGACAGGCCCUCCCCCAGCGCCCUGGCCGGCAGCCCCAGGCUGGGCUCUCUCAGGCCGACUUCCCCCUGGGCCCGGUGACCAACACCCACGCGGGCCGGUACAGAUGCUACGGUGGACACAACCUCUCCUCCGAGUGGUCGGCCCCCAGUGACCCCCUGGACAUCCUGGUGGCAGGGUGGUUCCCUGACACGCCCUCCCUCUCGGUGCAGCCGGGCCCCCUGGUGGCCUCAGGAGAGAAUGCGACCCUGCUGUGUCAGUCAAGGAGCAUAAGGGAAACUUUCCUUCUGUCCAAGGAGGGCGCAGCCCAGCCCCCACUGUGUCUUAGAUCAAAGUACCGAGGUGGGCAUUUCCAGGCCGAAUUCUCCAUGAGUCCCGUGACCUCAGCCCACAAUGGGACCUACAGGUGCUACAGCUCACUCAGCAGUAACCCCUACCUGCUGUCACAUGCCAGUGCCCCCCUGGAGCUCGCGGUCUCAGGAGGCUCUGAAGUUGGGGCCCGUCCCCCCACGGAGCCAGGCCCGCAGACGGGUCUCAAAUGGUACCUGAACGUCCUGAUCGGGGUCUUGGUGGCCUUCGUCCUGCUGCCCCUCGUCCUCCUCGUCCGACACUGGGGUCAGAGCAGAUGCAGGAAGUCGGCCCAGGGCGAGGCUGAUUUCCACCCUCCCGCAGGGGCUGCAGACCCAGAGCCCAAGGACACAGGCCUGCAGAGCAGCUCCUGCCCAGCCGCCGCCGCCCAGGACCAGGCCCUCUAUGCUGCCGUGAAGGACACACAGCCUGAGGACGGGGUGCAGCUGGACCAUCCGCAGAACAGGCAGGAUGCAGACCCCCAGGAGGGGACGUACGCCCAGGUGAACCACUCAAGAUCAAGACUAAGGCGGGGGGUGGCCACCUCUCCUUCCUCCCUGUCGGGGAGAUUGCUGGACACGAAAGACAGACAAGCGGAAGAGGACGGGCAGAGGGACGGUCAGGCCGCCGCAUCUGAAGCCCCCCAGGAUGUGACCUAUGCCCAGCUGAACCACUCGACCUUCAGACGGGAGACUGCAACCCCUGCCCCCCAGUCAGGGGAGCCCCCAGAAGAGCCCAGCGUGUAUGCUGCUCUCGCCGUCCGCUAGCCCAGGAAGGACCCAGACCCCACGCUCCAGGGAGGAAGACUGCACGGACCCCGGAAGGCACAGGAGCUGCCUGCCCGCAGUGGACACCACCUAACGACCAUCAGACAGCCUGGACUCCCAACACAGACCACCAGGAGCCCCUGGGGCCCUUUGGCAGUCACCUGAUUCUACCCUCAAAGAUAACUAAUAUCCUUACAUUUGGGAAAUAAUGCAACAGACUUCUCAAAAAUCAAUGUGUGAACUGAAAACCAAAAUCAAAACGAAAAAAAAAACAAACAAAAAAACAAAACAGAAGUGGGAAAAUGUUUUCAAUGAAUGAUAAUGUAAAUAAUACACAUCAAACAUAUGAAAUGAGAAAAUUAAGAAUCAUGAAUGAAUAUAUUAGAAAAGGCUUUAAAAAAAUCGAUGACCUAACAUAUCAUACCAAGACUUCAGGAAAAAAUAGCGAAUUAUUUCAAAUGAAGGUAGAAGGUGGGAAUAAUAAUGACAAGGGUAGCUAAUAAUGAAGACAACCAAAAAGUAGAGAAAAUCAAUUAAGGCAAAAAAUAAACUCAUUCUUGAAAACA